AUGCUCAUCAAGGAAUACCGCAUCACAAACAACUGCACCAACGCAGAGUACCAGGUCGCCCAGCUCUACAAUGUCGCCGAGAUGUCAAAGGCCGAGAGCGGCGGCGGAGAAGGUGUCGAGAUUGUCGCCAACGAGCCCUACGAGGACGAGGAGCGCAAGGGACAAUACACCCACAAGAUUUAUCACUUGGAGUCAAAGCUCCCCUCCUGGAUCAGAUCGUUGAUGCCCUCUGGCGCGACAAAAUGUCAGGAACACGCAUGGAAUGCUUUUCCCUGGUGUAAGACGGUCAUCACUAACGACUAUAUGAAGGAGUCCAUGUCAGUCACUGUAGAGUCUUUCCAUGUGGACGGCGACCGUGGACAGCUCGACAACGCAUUGAACAAGGGCCAGGAUAUCUUGAAGCAGCGCGAGGUGGUUGUGAUCGACGUUGCAAACGACCCAAAGUCAUACUACCUACAGACAUUCAACCCUGCCAAGGAAGACGUGAACACAUCCUUCUCGCAAAAGGCGCUUCGUGGACCUCUUCAAGGAUCGUGGGCCAAGACCUGUGACCCCGUCAUGACCUGCUACAAGCUUGUUUCUAUUGAGUUCAAGUGGUACGGCCUGCAGACAAAGAUGGAGUCGUACAUGCAUUCGGUCGAGCGCGAUCUGUUUACAAAGUUCCACCGCGAGCUCUUUUGUUCCAUGGAUCGCUGGCACGGACUCUCGAUGGAAUCGAUCCGUGAGAUGGAGAAACGUACCAAGGAGGAACUCAUCGAGAAGAUGGCCAAACCGGUCGCUGCCAUUGAGCCUGUAAAGUAG